AACGAUCAGGUCUUUGUUUUACAGCUUUUGGCUGAUGCCAUCAUUUAUGCUCAAAAAAAUUGUUCUCGGAAACUUUUCAUCUGGCCCAGUGGACCCUAUGAUGGCUGAUGCUAUUGAUUUUAUGGUGGACAGGCUGGAAAGUUUGGGUCAGAGUGAACUGGCUUCAAGACUUACCCUGAAUUGUCAAAAUUCUUACGUGGAACCUCAUAAGAUUCGGAACAUCCCUGUGACCAUUAUGGAUGUAUUUGACCAGAGUGCACUUUCAACUGAAGCUAAAGAAGAAAUGUACAAACUGUAUCCUAAUGCCCGGAGGGCUCACCUUAAAACAGGAGGCAAUUUCCCAUACCUGUGCAGAAGUGCAGAGGUGAAUCUUUAUGUACAGAUCCAUUUGCUACAAUUCCAUGGAACCAAAUACGCGGCCAUUGACCCGUCGAUGGUCAGCGCUGAGGAACUGGAGGUGCAGAAAGGCAGCCUCAGCAUCAGUCAGGAGGAGCAGUAGCUGAGGCGUUGCCUGUUGAUAACGAGCGGGCCAGAGAGUUCUUGUCCAGUCAGCAGCGUGAGCGCCCGCCCGGCGGCCCCUCUGCUCCGUUGUCGGGUUCACCGGUUAUCACUGUGUUUGGAAGUAGGACUGAUUGUCAUCUCUGUGACAGGCGGCAGCUCUUCUGAACCAGUGUAACUGUUCCCCCUUCGGUUUUUUUUUAGCUUUCGAAUUUGAGGAAGUACUUUUGAAGACUCCCAUUUUAAGAAUUGUGAAAAUUUUGCUACCAAAAGUCUUCUCACCACUGUGUUCUUAAGAGAAUGUUGAUUUCUGAGGUUUGGGAUUUUGUGGGUUUUUUUUUUUUUUCCUUUUCUUUCCUCCUUUCUUUCUUGUUACGUUAUUUGCUGUAAAUGCUGCACGUCCAGAUUGUGUAUCAGAAGGACAUUGGUUAUGUUGAUGCUUUCUUGGUUGUAACUGUUACCAAGUGCCAAGGCUGUCUGUCACCCCACCGUUUGCUCUCCUGCAAAAUCAACUACUUCUAAUUUCUGGGUAAGCAGAUCAUUUUCAGUUUUAUCUGUUGUCUUUCUAGCCAUUACAGUCAUUUGGAAUAAAAACUCAAUUUCAGUGA